AUCCUGCGGACUACGCUGCUGCUUUGUGACUGCCUUUUGGCUCGCUGCACGCGUUGUAUUUGACUGCGCGUCAUUUCGUCGAACACAUAAAGCUGCUGCUUGUUUACGCUCCAGUCUCAGUUCUUCCGUGACAGGAAGGAGAGGGAGGCCAUGGAGUCGGCCGGCGACGGCUGCGCGCCGGAGGUGCAACUCCCGGAGCAGCGGCCGACGACGUCGCCGUGCAGGAAGAAGAAGGAGCCGGACGCCGGGUUCCUGGAUGACGUGAAGGACCACUUGGACCAGUUCGUGAGCACAUCCAUGGACCAGCACAGGAUCUGCCUCAAGAAGACCAUUCGAGGAAUGAGCGACUACGUUAAGCUUAGGAAGCAGAGAAAGGCUGCUGCUGCUGCUUCUGAUUCUUCUUCUUCCUCCUCAUCGAACCUUGUGACCGAGAGCAAUUCUGGUUCUAAAAAUGCAGAGGUGGCAUCGCGACAAGAUUAAAUUCUGUCUAAAGGAUAGUUUGAAGUUGUUAAUUUGGUUGGGAGAACUCAUUCUAGGAGGAGGAGUUACUGAUUCCUUUCUUGCGAUCUGUAUGUCUGAAAUAGAUAGAAACAUGUUCUAAGGUCAGUGUUCAAUCAAUAUUAUGAAUGAAAUUCUGAACUACUGCACUGGUUUGUGUGUAUUAACCGGCCUCCCAUCUCAAUAAAAGGAGGUUUAUGUAGUGCCAGAUGAGAUUCAAAUCUUAAAUCUAUUGAUUAUCUAUUUGAAAGCCUAACCAUUACACCAUUGUCGCAGAACUGAACGGAGCUCUCUUGCUUUAUGAGAAAACAUUGAAGUGAAGGG